GUCGACGGAACUGAGCACCCAAUUGCACAUCCCACCAUGGCGUCGACAAGGUCAAUGCUGCGACUGGCCGCCAGUCGCCAUCUGGCUUAUGCUAGACCUGCCAGGGCUGCGAGGCUUUUCUCUAGCAUACCAGCUUUGCAAGAAGCGAAAGUCGUCUCGGGCAGCCCGCUUCCAAACCCCAGAGAUGAGAGCCGUCCCCCUAUUGAGACUCUGAACCGCCCCGUCGUGAACCCUGCCGACAAGUACGCGGAGAAGUCAAAGGAGCUCCACACCUACGGCGAAUACCUCAUGUCCUGCCUACCAAAAUAUAUCCAGCAAUUCUCCGUUUGGAAAGACGAAUUAACUAUUUAUAUUCCACCUACCGGCGUCAUCCCCGUCAUCUCCUUUUUGAAGGAUCAUACCGCUGCAGAAUAUAAGCAGGUUUCGGAUAUCACUGCAGUCGACUUCCCAACCCGCGAAUACCGCUUUGAAGUUGUCUACAACUUGCUUAGCGUUCGCCACAACUCCCGGAUAAGAGUUAAGACGUACGCAGAUGAAGCAACUCCCGUUCCCAGCAUUACCUCGUUGUACGACGGUGCGGUUUGGUAUGAACGGGAGGUAUAUGACCUUUUCGGUGUAUUUUUCGUCGGACACCCGGAUCUUAGAAGAAUCAUGACAGAUUAUGGCUUUGAUGGACAUCCGCUGCGGAAGGACUUCCCUCUUACAGGUUACACCGAAAUCAGAUAUGAUGAAGAGAAGAAGAGAAUCGUCGUUGAGCCACUAGAAUUGACACAGGCUUUCCGGAAUUUCGAGGGUGGAACAUCAGCCUGGGAACAGAUUGGCCAGGGUACCGAUAGAAAACCGGACCAGUUCAAACUGCCGACUCCCAAACCUGAGGAAAAGGAGGAGCCAAAAAAAUAGAUUGAACAUAUAUUGUAUACCAGCUUCUCUUUAUCUUUCAUUCUUUCCUAUUUCUUCGCUCUCCAUAUGUUUAGCUUUUACAUAACAAUGUACAGACUUUGCUAAGAGCUGCUUCCUGCAACCGGUCAUCCCGUGAUUGGUAAACGGAUCUAUAGCACAAGUUGCAUGGGAUACAUCAUAACCAAGGACCAAUACUACCAUUGCAAACGAA